AUGGCUCGGCGUCCUGACCAGCCCCUUCAGCCCCCACUGCCGAUGAGCACGGCGCCGCUGCGUGAGCCGCUUCGGCAGCAUGCGCCGACGCAGUCGCGGACGGCUGAUAUGCGCGGCAAGUUUGAGCGACCGCCCUUGAGGCCCGUAGCACGAGAUGCGCCGACCCGCAGGCCGCCCUCGCGCUUCGAGAGCGGCAAGCUGGCGUCGAAUCCAUUCGUGCAGCAGGCCGCGCGCACUGAGCCUGUCAAGGCAGCGAGUGGGCGUGAGAACAGGCCUGUUGCGCGUGCCGAGUCGUCUGUCAUGAGCCGCAGCAAGACGGCACGCAAGGUGAGUGAGGCCACCGGCGCGCUGAGCCACACACGGAUCCGCCUCUCGCGGCAGAGUCUCAAGUCGUUUCCGAGCAUCGAUAUAAAGGCAGCGACGUCGGUGUCCGCGCUGCAGGACAGCGGCAAGUCGCCUGGCGGCAAGUGGCUGGACCAGGAGCGGGACCACGUCCAGGCCUACGAGUACCUGUGCCACUGCAGCGAGGCCCAGCAGUGGAUGGAGCGCUGCAUUGGCGAGCCGCUGGGCGGCGACAUUGCGAACAUGGCCGAGGAGAUGCGGAACGGCAUUGCGCUCGCCAAGGUGGCCAAGUCGUUCGAGCCGUCGUGCGUCCCGCGCAUCUUUGUGCACCCCAAGCUGCAGUUCCGGCACACGGACAACAUCAACUACUACUUCCAGUUCGUCGACAAGAUCCGCCUGCCGAGUUGCUUCCGCUUCGAGCUCACGGACCUGUACGAGAAGAAAAACUUUCCAAAAGUCGUGUACUGCCUGCAUGCGCUCAGCCACUUUAUGGCGCACCACGGCCGCUCCGACAAGGUCGACGACCUCGUCGGCAAGCUCGAGUUCGACGAGGAGCAGCUCUUCAAGACGCAAAAGACCAUUGAGGCUGCCGGCACGGCCAUGCCCAGCUUUGGCGGCGUCGGCCAGGCCCUCGCGCAGGAGAUGGGCGUCAAGAAGGCCCCCGCCGCGCCCAAAGCUCCGCCCGCGCCGCCCGCCGAGCCGCGCUCGUCGCCCGGCCGUGCGGCGCGUCUCGGCGUCGAGGCCACGACGCUGCAGGCGCAGCGCGCGCACCUCAAGCACGUCGAAGCGUCGCCGAAGAAACCCGCCACCCCCCACACCGUCGCCUCGAUGCGCGCUCAGCUCAAGCCCGUCGACAGCGAGCCGACGCUGCGCUCGCCCGACAAGCGCGCGCACGACGCCCUCGAGCGCGAACGCGAACGGCACGCACGUCUCGAGGACCGCGAGCGCGCGCGCCAGGAGCGCGAACGUGAGCGAACUCGCCUGCGAAAAGAACGCGAGCGCGAGCGAACUCGCCUGCGGGAAGAGCGCGAGCAGCGCGCGCAGGACCUCGAGCGCGAGCGGGCACAGCUCCGCGCAGAGCGCGAACGCGAGCGCGAAGAGCGCGACCGGAGCCUCGUCCACGCCACGCAGGAUCUCGAGCGCGCGCGCCGCGAACAACUGUACAUGCACGUGCGCUCCUCGACACACCGCGAGCUCGCACGCGACGACAAAGAGUGGCGCGAGCGACUGCGCGAGGCCGAGGAGCGCGCGCGCGCCGAGGAGCGGGAAGAGCGCUUCAAGCGCGAGCUCGCGCACGAGCUGGAGCGCCAGCGCCAGGCGGAGCUGUACGCGGCCGAACUCGCCGCCGCCCAUGCCGAGACCGCCGCCGUCGAGGCACGGCUGCAGGCACUGGCCGAAGAGAGCGCACGCCGCGAUGCGGCGGAGCGCGCGCGCGCCGAGACGCGCCUCGCCGUGCCGCUGCAGGCGCAGAUCCGCGGCGCGCUCGCGCGGCAGGCGCUCUUCACGCAGCUGAGCCAGAUGGACGAGGUGUGGGCCGUCCAGCUCCAGGCCCACGUGCGUGGCACACUCGCUCGGCGCUCGCUCUUCCGCACGAUCAUGGACGCCGAGGCGCACACGCCGGCGAUCGUCUACGUCCAGGCCGCCGCGCGCGGCGUGCUCGCCCGCCGCCGCCUGCUCGCGCACAUGCAGGCGCUCGAGCAGGACGCGGUGCUCACCGCACUGCAGGCGCGGAUCCGCGGCGCCCUCGCCCGCCGCGCGUUCGCCCAGAUGCGCACGGCGUACCAGCGCAUCGCGCUCGUGCGCGCAGCCUCGCCGGCCGUCUCGACGGGCGCGCUCGCACGCCGCCCGCACCACGAGCUGCGCAAGCACAUGGCGUACGUGCGCCCCGACCUCACUGGCGUCCAGGCGCAGAUCCGCGGCGUCCUCGCGCGCCACGAGUACGUGUGGUGGCGCACGCAUCUGCACACGAACGUCGGCGCGAUCGUGUACGUCCAGUCGCUCUUGCGCGGUGUGCUGGCGCGCCGCGCCUUUGACGCGGGCAUCGGGCGCUUCCUCGCACACAUCCCCGACGUGGUGCGCGUCCAGAGCCUGUGCCGCGCCCGCCGCGCCCGAUCGCACUACCGCGCCCUCCGGCGCGGGACAGGCGUGCCGCUCGACACCGUCCGCGCACUCGCCCUCGACGACGGCGGCCGCGACUACGCCGACGAGCGCGCCGUGUCGCAGCUCCGGCACCUCGUCGUCCAGCAGCGCCGGACGAACCAGUCGAUGGAGGCGCACAUCCUCGAUCUCGACCGCAAAAUUGCGCUGCUCGUCAAGAACAAGAUCGGCAUCGAGGACAUCGUCAAGGCGCGCACGGAGCGCGGGUGGCUCGGCGCCAGCGCCAGCGCCGCGCACGCCCACGUCCUCGCCGAGGCGAACGACCCCUUCGCCGCGCAUGUGCUCACGCCCGACGCGCAGCGCCGCCUCGAGGCGUACCAGGCGCUCUUCUACGUCCUGCAGACGCAGCCGACGUACCUCGCGCGCCUGCUCGUGCUCACGAACGCGGCCGACGUGCCCGAGCACGAGCGCGGCCAGCUCGAGCAGACCGUGCUCGCCAUGUUCGCCUACGCCCAGCAGCCGCGCGAAGAGUACCUCCUGCUCAAACUCGUGCAGGCGACGAUCCACACGCACGCCCCGCGCAUCGCCACGCUCAGCGACUGGGCCACGCCCCUGCACGCGCCCUUCCAGCGCAUGCUCAUCCACCUGACGUGCGGCGUGCGCGAGCGCACGUACCUGUGUGCGAUGCUCACACCGCCCAUGUCGCGCCUCCUGUCCGAGCCACACCUCGAGCUCGACGCCGUCGCCGCCCUGCGCACCCACGCCGACAUGGACGCCGCGCUCGAAGAGCCAGCCACACGCGCCGAGUUCCUGCACCGCCUACAGGCCCUCCGCGCCGUCUGCGAAACCUUUGUCAACGCCCUCCGCGCCGCAUCUCCGCCCACGCCGUACGGCCUGCAGUUCGUCGCGCGCGCCCACUUCGACGCACUGCGCACCCAGUUCCCACACGCACACCACACCGACAUCGUGCGCGCCGUCGCCUACACGCUGUACCACUCCUACAUCCACCCGGCCAUCGUCGCGCCCGAGGCCUACGGCAUGCCGUCGCCGUCCGACCACGCGCGCCGCCAAUUGGCCUGCCUGUCCCACACACUCCAUCAGAUCGCCCGCGGCACGCCGUUCGACGACGCGGACCGCUACCUGCAGCCGCUCAACGAGUACGUCCUCGACGCCAGCACACGCGUGCACCACUGGGUCCAGACACUCCUCGACACCUACGUCGACGCUGAACACCACUUUGGCCUCGACGAAUGGACCGACCUCGGCAGCACGCACGCCCGCCCCGUCAUCUACAUCUCGCCCAACGAGGUCUACGCGAUCCACCAGCUCCUGUGCACGAACGUCGCCUCGCUCACAGACUCCCACGACGCACUCGCCGAGCUCCUCGCCCAGCUCGGCACGCCGCCCGUGUCCACCACACCCGAACUCAGCCGCGCGCGCGACGGCGAAGUGACACUCGCCCUCUCACACCACCACACGGACCUCGCACACGUACACGACGUCGACGCCGAAGACAAGCUGCUCUUCUCCGAGGCCAAGCAGCUCGUCAUGGCCGUCCUGCGCAUCCAGCAGGGACCCGCGAACCUCCUCGACCUGUUCGUCGCACCCGUCAGCGGGGCCGACGAGGCCGCCUGGGCCGCACGCCGCACACAGCCGCCGUACGCCGGCACCCCCACCGCCGACCUGUCGUUCGCCGAGCUCAAGGCCAAGGCCCUCGAGCGCAUCCUGCAUCUCGAGCAGCUCGGCCGCGUGCACCGCGCCAAUGCAUACCAGGACAUGCUCGACGCCAUGGCCGCCGACAUCCGGCGCAAGGACCAGCGCCGCCAAGAGCGCCGCGCCCAGCGCGACAUGCUGCAGACGACACUCACGCGCCUGCAGGAGCAGCAGCAGUUUAUGGAGUCACAAAUCAAGAGCUACGAAACCUGCAUGGACCGCGGAAAGCACGCCAUGCAAAAGCCCACAUCCCGCCGGCGCCGCCUCAUGGACACGCUCCCCUUCUCGCCGCAGUUCUUCCACCAGCGCAGCCUCAAGGCCGCCGGCAUGAUGCCCACAUACGGCUCGUACCGCUACUCGGCGACACGCCUGCACGCCAAGGGCAUCCUGGCCUACAUCGAGCGGCCCGACAACCUCGCGAUCGAUCAGCUGUCCUUCACCAUCGCCAGCGACCAGGUCGGCGUCUUUGAGCUCGAAGCCAGCGUCGGAUCCAUCGUCGCAGGCAACGCCACACUCAGGAUGGACGACCUCCUCGAAGCUCAAUACGCGAACCAGACGCACGUCGGCAUGCUCGACGGCGCCAUCCAGUUCCAUCUCACGCCCCUGAUUCGGUUCAUUAAUAAGAAGUUUUAUACGUGA